GUUGUAUGCUUCCCCAGAACAUCUUUGAAAGGAAAAAGGGAAUAUGACACCUGGAUUUGUGGCAAAUAGAAUCGCUCCAUUGUUGCAAUCUCAAGGAAUCGCUUGUUAGAAAAAAAUGAGCGACUUGUCGCUGGAACGCUCUUUUUAAAAAUUGCAACAACUAAUCUCUCCGUGGGACACUCCCUGCUUUCUCACUAGAGCCUUUGAGCUAAAGAUGCAGAUUAUAUUCUAUGAAGAGCGAAACUUCCAAGGUCCUUAUUAUGAGUGCAGAAAUGAUUGCGCCAAUCUAAGUUAUUACCUUAGUAGGUGCAAUUCUCUUCGUGUUCUGAGUGGAUGCUGUAUGAUAUAUGAGCUUCCUAACUACGAGGGAUACCAGUACUUUAUAAAACAAGGAGAUUAUCCAAAUUUCCGAAGGUGGAUGGGGUAUAAUACCUCCAUCAGAUCUUGCUUAGCUAUUCCUCAAUAUUCUGGAUCUUACAGACUAAGGUUGUAUGAAAGAAAUAACUUUGGCGGCAAAAUGAUGGAAGCUGUGGAGGACUGUCCUUCAGUGUAUGAUCAGUUUCACCAUCAAGAUAUUCAGUCUUGCAAUGUUUUUGAUGGUUACUGGAUUUUUUACGAGUUGCCCAAUUACAGGGGGCAUCAAUAUUAUGUAAGACCAGGGGAAUAUAGAAGAUUUACUGACUGGUGAUCACAAAGUUCAAGGGUUGGUUCCUUUAGGCAAAUUACACAGCUUUUAUAAAUUUUUGUGUAUCUUGUAGUUUUCAUGAAUAAAGCAAUAUCUAAGUAAACAAUUAUUUUAUUUAUGUGUUUGUUUUAUUGGAAUAAGGAGAAAAAUAGGUACAGGAUAUCCCAGGCAACAAAUGACACAUCAGGAAUUUGAGUUAUAGUUUGUUUACAAUAAAUUGUUGUUUUAAAUCUCUUUUAUAAUGUAAAUAGUCUGUAAGUGGCACAAUUUCCAUUACAAUAAAUACUGUAUCAUAUU